AUGAAGAGUGGAUUAACAUUGAUAAUUGUUUUAGCCUUAAUUUAAAUAACUAAAUAGGAUUGCUUCAGAUAAUCAAAUUCAUUUUUGAAGAGAAAUCACUAGAAUGUAUUAUCAUAUUAAGCAGGAGCAUUGAUUUCAUCUAAAUUAAAAAAUGGCUUUAAUAACGGGAAUAAUGGAGUUUGUUUAAGAGAUAAUCUAUAUAAAAUUUUAAAUGAUGGACUACCUUAUACUGCUUGUGGAAAAGGGUAAUCAAUUUCCAUAAGAUUACUCUAAAAGUAUUUAUUAAAUACAUUAAAAAUUUGGCUUUGGGAUUAUGGCUUUAGCGAAGGAGACAGAUAUUAUAAUAUAACUGUUUAUGCUAUAUUAAAUCAAGGGAAAAAAAACAUUUAUGUUAGCAACUCAGAAAACCCAGCAAUAAGUCAAAUGACUAUUUAAUUUCAAGAAUAGUAUGUUGAUGAAUUUGAAGUAGUAAAUGUAGAUGGUAAUACUUUCAAUCAAGGUUUACAUAUCAUCAAAGUUGAAGCUUAUUAUAAAUUUUAUUGA